AUGAAGAUCGAGAUAGUGGUCGAUCCGGCUCGCCCUGCCCCCCCGGCAUCGCUGGCCGCUCGUGUUGCGCCAGCUCCUGCAGCACCCACGGAAGGUGCUAGGACGGGUGGUGGACGACCGAGGCGUGGUCGAGGAGCAGGAACAGGAGCGGGAGGUCCCAGGCGCAGGAAUGAGAGGCCGGCCAAGAGUGUUGCUGAUUUGGAUGCAGAGAUGGAGGACUAUACUGCGAGCAAUGCCCCCGCAGCGACUGCUUGA